AUGAUUUCCGAUUCGAUCGCCAAUGCUUCCAUCCACAUGGCCUCCUCUAACCCCAAAGAUUUCGCCAAGAAAAAGAAGGCGAAUCGGUCAGCCAAAUUGAAGCAGUGCAAGCUUGAUGCUCGCCGCGAGCAGUGGCUUUCUCAAGUGAAGAAUAAGGGUAACUGUAAGGAGGAAUCAAAUGGUGGAGGGAUACAUGGAGGAUCAUCAGUGAAAUUGGAGAACAAGAGCGUACUAGCCAUAGAGAAAUUGGAGAUUAAGCCAAGAGAUGUGCAGGAGAAUUAUGGAGAUGGAUCACAACUGCAUCAUUACAGUGAUUCUGAGUCAUCGCCAUCCACCAGCCACACCAGUAGUGUCUUGGGCAAUAGUGAUUCCAGAACCAAUUUUACUGGGAGCAGCAGUCGAAGCAGUAGUGCUAGUAGCAAUGGAUGUUGUUCUGGAAGUAUGAGUGAGGAAGAUGAAGGGGAUGAUGAUAGCUGCUUGGAUGAUUGGGAGGCUGUGGCUGAUGCCUUGGCUGCAACCGAUGACAAGCAGCGACAACAAAACACCGAAUCAGGAUUGGAUUUGUUGCCUUCAGAGAAAGAUUUAAAUGCUUCCCAGUCAGAUUCUCAAUCGAAGGUAAGAAACCAGUCAGGUUUUGCGCUCGAUAUUUCAAAGCCGAAGCCAGAUAAUCGGGGAAUGGCUGCAGAAGGGGUUCUGGGAGACAUCUUGAUUGUGGAGGCUCUGUUUGGGCAUGUAAGAAUGUUGUGCCCGUCCCUACAUCGUGCCCAAUAUGCUAUGAGGAUUUUGACUUCACGGACUCCAGUUUUCUCCCUUGUUCAUGUGGCUUCCGGCUCUGCCUUUUCUGUCACAAGAGGAUUCUUGAGGAGGAUGGCCGUUGUCCAGGUUGCAGGAAGCAGUAUGACUCUGAAACUGUUGAUGGAGAGGCAACACAGGACGGAGGCAGCUUGA